AUGGGUGCAAAGAUAGAUUGUGGCAGAAGUCAAGCAAGAGGGCUACCAACAUUUAUUCUUUGGGGAGAGAAUUAUCAUCUAAUAGGUAGUCUGAUUCCUCCAGAGGGAAACAUUGCAAAAUUUUUCCAACUGUAUGUAUUUGAUACUCAUAAUGAGAUUGAAAAUCGCAUGGCAGCUAUUCGGGGUGAACAUCACAAAGAGAUACAUGAAGAUAUUGUUAGAGAAUUGAAACAGAUGCUUGAUGAUAACAAUGUACUGGUGAAGGCAUUUCACAUGGUUAGAGACUCACUUGCACGAGAGUCUAAUAAUACAAUAAAGCUCAGGCUUUUGGGUAAAAGGGGGAAGGAUGAUAAAACUGAUAGGGACAUUGUGGUAGAGACACAAAGUGGAAGGUUACAAAGGAUUAAUCAACUCAAUCCUACUUAUUUGGGAUUACAAUACCCAUUGUUAUUUCUAUUUGGAGAGGAUAGUUACAAGGAAGACAUACCUUUCAACAAGGGUAAUCAAAGUGGUAGCAAAGGGCGACAAGAGGAGAAACUCAGAUGUGAGAUGUACAAGGGUAUAAAGGAAGCAGUUUUGUCCGGGAAAACAACACCUUCAUUGCGUGGCAAACGUAUUAUAUUACCAUCGUCAUUCACAGGUGGCCCAAGAUAUAUGAUUCAGAAUUAUCAGGAUGCAAUGGCAAUAUUGUCCAUGCAUUUAAAUAUUGUAUUGGAUUUAGCUUAUCUAUGUCCUUUUGUUGACACAGUUGUAUACAUAAUCGAAUUUCAAAAAUGGGGACUACCACACGCACAUAUACUAUUGUUCUUACAUAAGGAUGACAAGUUUUCGACAGCUGAAGACAUUGACAAGAUCAUAUCUGCUGAGAUUCCAGAUAAGGAACUAGACCCUGAAUACUUUGAAGCAGUGGAAAAGCACAUGAUGCAUGGUCCAUGUGGUUUAGCGAGAAAAGAUUCACCGUGUAUGGAGAAUGGAAAAUGUGUACGUCAUUUCCCUAAGCGUUUUGUCGAUUGUACAACUAUUGAUGAUGAUGGGUAUCCAGUAUAUAGGCGUAAAGAAGAUGGAAGAAAUAUCAACAAGUAUGGGGUUGACCUUGAUAGCCAUUAUGUGGUUCCACACAACAGACUACUACUUAUGAGAUAUGGCGCACAUAUAAAUGUGGAGUGGUGCAAUCAAUCAAGAUCAAUAAAGUAUUUGUUCAAAUACGUGAACAAAGGUCAUGAUCGCGUAACUGCUUCCUUCUAUAGAAGUGUCACAGCGUAUGCUGAGUUAGAUGAAUAUGAUGAGGUGAGUAUGUAUUACGAUUGUAGAUACAUAUCACCAUGUGAAGCGGCAUGGAGGAUUUUUGGUUUUAACAUCCAUUACAGAGAUCCAUCUGUUGUGAGAUUGGGUUUUCACUUACCCAAUGAACAGAAUGUGAUAUUCAAAGACCACGAAAAUCUGGAGGAUGUUGUUAGAAAAGCAUCAGUGAAGGAAUCUAUGUUUUUAGGAUGGUUUCAAGCAAACAAGGAUUAUGCAGAAGCAAGGGCACUGACCUAUGCUGAACUACCAACUAAAUUCGUAUGGAAGCCAGAUGAGAGGGUUUGGUUGCCUAGAAAAUCACACUUUGUUAUCGGAAGGAUUUUCUAUGUACCUCCAGGAUCCGGUGAAAGUUAUUAUAUGCGGCUAUUGCUCAAUUUCGUAAGAGGGCCAACUUCUUAUGAGGACAUUUGUACUAUAGAUGGUGUUUUAUAUUCUACUUUCAAAGAUGCAUGUUACGCACGUGGCCUCUUAGAUGAUGACAAAGAAUAUAUUGAUGCAAUAGUGGAAGCAAGCCACUGGGGAUCGGGUACAUACUUGAGGAAGCUGUUUGCAAUGCUGUUGUUUUCAAAUUCAAUGGAUACACCAGAACACGUAUGGCAGAAGACAUGGUAUCUGUUAUCCAAUGAUAUACUUCAUAGGCAGAAGAGGCUGCUUGACAAUCCAGAUUUAUUCCUUUCCGAUGAUGAACUGAAGGAGUUAACGUUGAUAGAAAUUGAGAGAACACUUAACUCAUACAAUAAAAGUCUGCAAGAUUUCUCUCCGAUGCCAGUCCUAGAUAUAAGCCAACUGAAUAGUCAAUUAUAUGCUGAUGGAAUGAACAUGUUAAUUUCUGAUGAGCUCCGCUAUGAUAAAAGACAGCUAGCUCUAGACCAUGCCACCUAUUUGCAACAACUAACCGACGAGCAAUAUUUUGUUUAUAAGAUAGUCAUGGAUGCUGCCGAAAAUGGGAAGGGUGGAGUAUUCUUUUUGUAUGGGUAUGGUGGAACUAGCAAAACAUUUGUUUGGAAGACUUUAGCAGCUGUAUUGAGAUCUAAAUCACAGGUUGUACUUACUGUUGCAUCGAGUGGUAUUGCAUCUCUUUUAUUACCUGGGGGUAGGACAGCACAUUCACGUUUUUCAAUCCCACUCAAUCUAGAUGAAUUCUCAACAUGCAAUAUAAGACAAGGAAGUGCAUUGGCCGAACUGUUGAUAAAGACAAAGCUUAUCAUUUGGGAUGAGGCUCCUAUGGUAAAUAGAUUCUGUAUUAAAGCUCUUGAUAGGACAAUGCGUGACAUCUUAAGAUUCAAGAAUCCAAACAGUCUUCACCAGCCAUUCAGUGGGAAGAUAGUUGUUUUUGGGGGGGAGACUUUCGACAGAUAUUGCGGUGAUCCCUAA